AAGCUCUUGUUUAUUAACAACCACUCUCAGUUAGUCCAUCGAGCGAGUGUGAGAAAUCGGCUUAUGGUUUUGCUUCUGUGUUGCGCCUGGUGAGAUGAGAGAAUGUGCGCGCAGGGGCUGUGGAUGCGCGAGGCUUGAUGGUUAGUGAAGCCACUCUGCAGAGCACACAGGGAGGCAGAUGCUGAAGAGCAGUUUGUUCCUGAGCACCUCUUUUUUGGACAAAAAAGUGACACUUUAUCAUCAUGGCGCGCUCUCUGUGAACGUCCAAUUAUCGUGGAAAAAUGGACCAGUCAGGCAUGUUUUGAAGAUAUUUCAAACCGCUACAACUAGGACAAAAAAUUAUGUCCAAAACGCAUGGACGGACCGUGUGAGAGCAACAACUCCAGUCCUAAAUGGCAGAACUUGAAGUUUGCAGAAAUCUCAGUUUGGAAAAGGUGGAGCGAUGCAUGAGUGUGAUGCAGUCCGGGACACAGAUGGUAAAGCUGAAGGCGGGAUCCAAAGGGCUGGUGAGACUCUUCUACCUGGAUGAACAUUGCUCCUGCAUUCGUUGGAAGCCAUCACGCAAGAGUGAGAAGGCGAAGAUCACCAUUGAUUCGCUGUACAAAGUGACAGAGGGUGGUCAAUCGGACAUCUUCCAUCGGCAUGCAGAUGGCAGCUUGAACCCGGCCUGCUGUUUCACAGUGUACCAUGGAAACCACAUGGAGUCCCUUGACCUGGUGACAUCAAAUGCAGAAGAAGCCAGAACCUGGAUAACCGGCCUCCGCUACCUGAUGGCCGGGAUCAGUGAUGAGGACUCGCUGGCCAAACGGCAGCGAACACACGACCAGUGGCUGAAGCAGACGUUUGAGGAGGCUGAUAAGAACGGAGACGGACUCCUGAACAUUGAAGAGAUCUACCAACUUCUCCACAAGCUGAAUGUUAACCUGCCACGCAGGAAGGUCAAACAAAUGUUUCAGGAAGCAGACACGGACGAUCAGCAGGGCACGCUGACAUACGAAGAGUUCAACGUCUUCUACAAGAUGAUGUCUCUGAGACGGGACCUAUUCCUGCUGAUGAUGGCGUACAGUGACAGGAAGGACCACCUGACAUCGGAAGAGCUGGCCAACUUCUUGCUCAACGAGCAGAAGAUGUCCAAUGUGACUCCAGAGUAUGUUGCAGAAAUCAUUGACAAGUUUGAAGUGUCUGACGAGAAUAAACAAAGGGGCGUCAUGGGGAUAGAAGGUUUUACAAGUUUCAUGCGCAGUCCAACGUGUGACAUUUUCAACCCUUUGCACCAUGAGGUGAAUCAAGACAUGGAGCAGCCUCUGUGUAACUACUUCAUUGCCUCCUCUCAUAACACAUACCUGACUGGAGACCAGCUCCUCUCCCACUCCAAGACUGACAUGUACGCCUGGGUGCUGCAGUCAGGCUGCCGCUGUGUAGAAGUGGACUGUUGGGAUGGUCCAGAUGGAGAACCGAUGGUCCAACACGGCUACACUCUGACCUCCAAGAUACCGUUCAAGUUUGUCAUAGAGACCAUCAAUAAAUAUGCCUUCAUAAAUAACCAGUACCCAGUGAUUCUGUCCAUAGAGAACCACUGUAGCAUCCAGCAGCAGAAGAAGAUUGCAGAGUACCUGCGAGAAAUCUUUGGUGACAAACUGGAUGUGGGAGACGUACUUAGCAGGGACUCAAAAACAUUACCCAGUCCUCACAGCCUACAGGGCAAGAUACUCAUCAAAGGGAAGCGACUGCCUGCCUAUCUGUCUGCGGAUGCCGAGGAAGGGGAGGUGUCUGAUGAUGACAGUGCGGAUGAAAUUGAGGAUGACUUCAAGCUUAAAAGCAGUAAUGGCAAUGGUCAUCACCAGGUGGAGUCUCACAUCAGAAAGAAGCUGGACUCUCUACUGAAGGAGUCUCGGAUCGGAGACAAGGAAGAUAGCGAUAGUUUCAGCAUCCGAGCACUGCUCCGAGCUACGCACCAGGGCCUUCAGAAGAACCUGCGCCAGAGCUCCAAAGGGGUUUUGAAGAAAUCUCAGAGCAGAUCCUUCAUCACAACACUCAAGCAGAAGAGGCACUCCAAAUCCAGGCUGUCAUGCCAAAAUGUGGACAAGGAGGAGGACAGUCAGGAGAGGUCUGGGAGGGAGGCUGGAGGACAGUUCAACAGGGGUGGAAGGAAGAGGAAGACGAUGAAACUGAGUAGAGAUCUGUCAAACCUGGUGGUGUUCACCAACUCUGUUGCCUCACAGGAGUGUCUGAAUGAAGGCACUCCAGGUGACGUUCUGUCAUUCAGCGAGACCAGAGCCCAAUCUCUGGUCAAUCACAGAGCCGAACAGUUCCUAGCUUUUAACCAGAGGCAGCUGUCACGGAUUUAUCCCUCAGCCUAUCGCAUUGACUCAUCCAAUUUCAACCCCCAGUUCUACUGGAACGUGGGCUGUCAGUUGGUCGCUCUGAACUACCAGACAGAGGGCAGGAUGAUGCAGCUCAACAGAGCCAAAUUCAUGGUGAAUGGAGGCAUUGGAUACGUCCUUAAGCCCCCUCCCAUGUGUAAAGGCUCCUUCAAUCCAUUCAGUGAUGACCCGCUUCCAGCUUACCCCAAGAAGCAACUCAUUCUCAAGAUCAUUAGUGGACAGCAGUUGCCCAAACCACCAGACUCCAUGCUGGGGGACCGUGGAGAGAUUAUUGAUCCUUUCGUGGAAGUGGAGAUCAUCGGUCUGCCAGUUGAUUGCUGCAAGGACCAGACACGAGUUGUUGAUGAUAAUGGUUUUAAUCCAGUAUGGGAGGAGAGCCUGUCCUUCACACUUCACAUGGCUGAGGUGGCUUUGGUGCGUUUCCUUGUCUGGGACCAUGACCCAAUUGGACGGGACUUUAUUGGUCAACGGACUGUUGCCUUCAGCAGCCUGAUGCCUGGUUACAGACAUGUUUACUUGGAGGGGCUGACUGAGGCUUCCAUCUUUGUGCAUGUGUCAGUGCAUGAUGUCUAUGGGAAGUGGAGCCCUCUAGUCCUGAACCCCAGCUUUACCAUAAUGCACUUUCUAGGAUCUAACAAGGGUCAUCACCUGCGAGGUAUCCGGGGGUUGUUUAACCGUUCUUCCAAGUCCUCUGUGGAUGCUAACUCCAGUGGUUUCCGGAAACGCUCCAUCAGUGAUCACUUCCUGCGGCGCACAGCCAGUGCCCCAGCAAAGGGACGGAAGAAGACCAAGAUGGCACUAUCAGAGUCAGUGGCUUCGAUAUCAGACCAAAAGAAUGGCACAGUUGCAGGAGGAGAGGGCAUGGCAGGGAAAGAAGAAGCAUUGGAGAAGCGACACCAGCCCCGAGGCCCCCUCACCCACAGACCUAUGUCCAUGCCCUUAGACAGGCUUCUGCAAGGGCAACUAUCCCUCUGCUCACCAGACAAGGAACAACAUGAUAUGGGCACAGAUACUGUCAUUGGACCUUGCCCCUUCAACAGGCCCAGGUCCUCCUCUUUGGACCCGUUCAUCGAAUCAUCAUUCUCUAUUGAACCAAACAUCUCCUCCCCUUCUAAGAUAUUCAUCAACAGAAAUAAAGAAAUGAAGCAAUCAGAGGAAGUUUCGUAUCUGGUUAUUGGUGGAGGAGUGAGAAAAGAAGAGGAUUAUGCCAAUUACCAAUCAGGAGACAAAGGAUACAACAAAUCUGAGAUCAUCUCCACAGGCACAGAGAAAAAAUGUUUCAUCUCAUCUUCCACGAGCCGCCAAAUGAGAUCAGAUAAACCAGAAACAUCAUCAAACAGCACAACAUUCCCAGCUGCACCUUCAGAGUCCUCGUCCUCCUCCUCUGCCCCCUCCACUAUGGCCCCUCUUUCUCCUGUCAGUAUGGACUGCGAUCUGAACAGUCCCAGCACUUUGCAUGACAGUGUCAUCUCCAGACUAAUUGAUGCUGUGUCCUUAGGCAAUGAGCAAGACACAUGUGACUCUGUUUCUGCACUGAUUGGUCAGUGUGACAGCACUGUUGACCAAAACGGUCUUGCAACAUUGUGUAAUGGUCAUACCGCUUUCAGUGACUCAAACCUCAGGCCUACCGCCCCUAAGGCGCUGCAAGAUUUAGGGUCUUCUCUCAAGACCAACACUACAUCAGCUAACAAGAGACAUUUAUUAAGUCCCCAAAAAGUAGCUCAGAAAACAAAUGAUGUAAAAUAUGAAAUCCUUUUGCCGCGCAAGACUUGCCAGGCAGAUGCACCUGCUCCUGCACUCCUCUCCAGCCCAGAAACUGCUGAGCUUGAGGAGGUCUACACAAUUCUGGAUGAGGAGGUGUUGUUGCCAGUUUCAGUGUACAACCUGAGGAAACAGACAGUCCAUGUUCAGGCAGACACUAUGGAGAGCACAGCCUCUAACAGCUUGGGACCCUCUCCAGCAAAGGUGGUUCAGAGUAUAGGGAAAGGGCACAAUGUGGGCUGGGAUGAUAUGCACAGAAAGAGGGGAGGAAGUGAAGAAAUCGAGGAAGCAGAGGAAAGUGUAUAUGAGGAAGUGUAUGAUGCCCAUGCAUCAGUACCAGAGAUAGUGCGGGAUAUGUCCAAAAGGUACAUGGGCCCCUCUGUAAACAACGACUGUUUUCAGUUUCUCCAUGACUCAGCUGGCAAUGCUUUUGCAGAAGUGGAGAUAAAUGUCGAUGAGGAUCCACUGGAAAUGAUGUUGACCUUGCCGAGACAAGGCAGCGAAUGGGAGGCUCUGAUAAGUCCAAGCAAGCGCCAUGUUAUUUACCAAAAUCACGAAUCCACUCCCAAAUACUCACAGCAAAAACAGCCUUUGUCAUGCCAUGAUUCUCAGCAACAGCACCAGUCACAUGCAUCUAAUGUUGCAUUUUCACAGUGUCCCUCCCCAAUAAAACAACCUUCGUAUCGCCACAAAACCCAGAACAACUCCCAGCCUUCUCUCUUCCACAGACCCAUCAACUCUAGACCCUCCAACCCUAGUCCAUUGCGUCAAAACAGGUACCCAAUUCCUCAGAGAAAUUCUGAGGCCUUUAGUAACAGCAGUGAUUUCAACAGUUCCUACACGCAACAGAGGAGCUAUGGUGGCAGCCAGAUCCUAAAUAGGUCUCAUCAAAAUAGGCUAGGGUAUAAACAGAUGGAAAGAGAGCAAGUAAGGUGCUUCUACAAUGGUUUCUCCUCUUCUGAAAGCCUCCCUGGUGAAUCUGCUGUGUCUACAAACAUAUGUAGAGAGAGAGGCCUAUAUUCCCCUUCGGGCUGCGAUGCAGUGUACAGCCACCCGGACUAUGACUGCAUUACACCCUCAUCAGAGUCUUCAACUCCUCGGAACACCCAGUCACAUUGCCAAAGCCAAACACAAUCAUACACUCCGAAGCAGUCAUGGAACCAAAAGGUUUCUCUCAUCAAUACAAGACACCCCUCACAGCACUCAAAUGUUGGUCUUUUAUCAACUCCACCCCAGUCUGGUACCCUAGACUCCACAGCUAAUAGCCCAUGUAAGUCCAAGUCACUGGGAGACCUGACUUCUGAAGACAUAUCAUGCAACUUCCAGAGCAAAUACCACAUUAUUAGUCGCAGUUUCAUCACUCCCCAUAUGAGGAAGCAAAAGAGAAUGGGCGCCAUGGGGGAAGUAACUUUCCAAUCACAAUCUUGUGAUCCACUUACAGAACAGCUACGUAAGCUGGUCAGUCUGGAGGGGGAUGACAAUGACAGAGACAGGCCCCAAUCUCCUCAGUUGUAUCAGGAAGCAAAAUCUCCACUGUCACAGCCACAGGCAACAGGGACAGCGCCUGUUGUUCCCAGGGAUGUAGAUGAUUCCCCUCCACUCCUCACCCGUCGCCUAUCCUCUCGGAGCCAAAGCCGAGUGCGUCACAUCAACAGCCGUGCCCGCGAAAGACAGAUCAAUAGUACUGCCAGCAUUGGUGGGGUGGUAUUGAGGAAUAAACCAGCCUCACAGAAUCCUCCAGCUAACAGACACUCUACUGGUUCUUACAUAGCAGGCUACCUUGGUCAGCUGGAGGACAGGGGACUUCCUGAAGGGGCUUGUACAUCAUUACUUUAUGGAAAUGGGGAUCACUAUGGAGAUCGGUACUAUACCGAUGACUCUCUUCCACCUGCUGACUCCAACUCGUCAGAGCCUGAGGUCUACUUUUUGCUCAGACUGUAGCUCUGACCAUAACCUAAAAUGAGCUUAACGACCAAGCAGUGAUUCUUGAUGAUGUUCAAUUACACAAAAAGCCAGAAGAUCUUGGAAAUAAAUACUUGUUUGUCCCUGAGUUCAGACCAGUAAGUUUCCCUUUUAACAGUGAAAUAAAUCUUAUUCUGGGCUAUUUUUUAGAGAAAGAUAUAGCCUGUACAGUAUAAGUGAAACAUCACAUAUAAUCCAUGGUUGGAUCUGACAGCAUGAAUUUCCUGUAUGAAAUGUCCACUGUUCAAUAAUGAAUGGUCUCGCUAGUCUGGCAGUGUAUUGUUUAUAUUCUGCUUAAUGUGUAAAUGUACUUGGGAACUUUGAUUUCCUCCAAAUGGCUUCCUAGACUGAUUAUACAGAUACUUGUUAUCUUUGUCCAUGUGGUGUACUGUCCAAACUGCAUACAUAGACUAUGAAGCAAAAAAGGAAUAAUUGGGAGGGAAGGUCUUUCUUUGAAUCAUAUGAAUGUGUGGUAUAAUCAAACAGCUACUUUUAAUAGAUGGGAUUCAUCUUUUCAAAGACCAAAAGGAAGUCUUCCUUCUCUUUUCAGUGAUGUUUCUUUAUUUGUGUUGUGUGUAAAUAUUCCUGUCACUGUUUUAAAUUCGAGAUGUGUUUUAGUUCAGAAACAAUUCUAACUGUACAUUUAUGUUUGUGCAUGUUACCUGUGAACAUGUCAAGCAUGACUAUGCACCAAUUUAUACAAUAGAUGUUUGAUCGCCCAACAACAUUUGCACAAAACAAAUAGUUGCAUUGGAUACAACAGAGGAUGUAGGCUUGUUUGUAUAAGGGCAACACAGUACAUAAACUUCUGUGCUUGGACUUGUUGCUGUCUAUAAUUUGUAGGAUUUGAAAACAUGAUUGCAAGUUUUUAUUUUUAUAAUUGCUUUGAUACAGACUGCAAAAACAAUAUCUGUUUGGGUAUGGUAAUUUUAUUUUGUAUAACUUAAAAGAAUAAAAAAAAAACAGAGUGACAGGUCUACAGGGCCAGGCUGAGGAGGGGAAGGUGGCAAAGCAGCAUUUUAUUUUUUUUUUAUUGUUUUAUUGUUACACCAUCCUUUUUUUUUCUUUGUAUUGUUGCUCAUCAGAGGACUGUGGGCAUUUUCCUACCAAUGCAAUAAAUAUUGAAAUAUUUGAUUUCAACAAA